AUGUGGGCGAGAAUUACUCUCGCCGUCUCUCUCUCCCUCUCUCCCCCCUCCUUCCCCAAAUCCCCAAAUAUAACCCUAACUCACCCCUCCCCCCCCUCUCUCUCUCUCUCUCUCUUCUGUGAACUGCUCCCGCCGUCGACCCAUCCACCACCGCCGCUGCCGCCGCCUCCAGCUCGAUCAGGCUCCGCCUUCGUCGCUGCCAAAUUCGCCUUCGCCACUGCCAAAUCCGCCUCUGGUUAUCGCCGCUACGUCCGUCAACGCCGCUGCCUCCGCCUCUGGCCGCCGCAGCUUUCGCCGCCUCCGCCUCUGGCCGCCGCAGCUUUCGCCGCCUCCAGCUCGAUCGGGUUUCGCCUCCGCCUUCAUCGCUGCCAGAUCCGCCUCAAAGUUGGCAGAUACUUAAAUAUGGAUAUGGCUUCAUGUCAGAAUAUCUGGAUGGCAUUCCAAACACCUCAUUCUAUUGUUGAAGGCUGACUUUCAAACACGACAAUAGGAGGCAUCAUCACACCAUUUAAGGUAGGUUGCCACCAUCAUCGAGCUUAUUGGUAGAACAGAUUCAAGAAGUUAUUAAGAUAGCUAUGAAAUCCUUUCACAAUCACCUGUCAGCCAUUCAAGGUAAAUUGCCUCCCCCCCGGCCGUCUUCAUCAUUACCACCCCUAGAUCCUUCGGAUUAUUAAGAGGAUCCAUUAUUUGUAUGAAUGAUAGAAUUUAUUAUGUAUUUUACUAUUUAUGAAUGUAUAAUUAGUAUAGAUAGAUUUUACAAUGUAUUUUUAAUAUUUAUGGAAGAUGUGUAUUAUUUUAUGGAUUUAUUGUAUUGUAUGAAUGAUUUUCUUUAGUUCG